AUGUACACCCCCGUCAGUUCCCGUGCCGCCAACGCCUACCGCCAGGUAGGUGUGCAAUCUGGUGUGGAUGGUGCAAACCCCCAUCAGUUGAUCCAGAUGCUGUUUGAUGGCUUGCUGCAGGCGCUGAACGAGGCGCGUGGUGCCAUGCAACGCGGCGAGAUGGAAACCAAAGGUCGGCUCAUCGGAAAAGCGGUGCGCAUUCUUGAUGAGGGGCUGAAGGCAGCACUCAAUCCGCAGCAAGGCGGAGAGAUUGCGCAGAACCUGCGGGCGCUCUAUGAGUACUGUGUCAGCCGCCUGACCCUUGCCAAUCUGCGCAACGAUCCGGCCUUGCUGGAAGAGGUGGUCGUUCUGAUCGAACCGGUGGCGCAAAGCUGGGCUGCGAUUGGCGGUGCGCAGGGGAAUGGGGAGCCUUCCGCGAAGGUGGGGGGGUGA